AUGGCCAUACCCAAUGGCCAAUACAAGCUUACGCUGAAGCUGAAGCCUGAAGAGGGGCGGAGGGGGAACCACGUGGGUUCAGCCCUUUGUAUACGAUGUGUGAAUCAAUCUCAGUUCCUCUUUAGUAUAAUGGUCGUACUAUACAAUAGCUUAAUUUUUAACGUUCCAAAAGAGUUUAUGACGGGAUCUCACUUUCAUUCACAUAAUUUAUUUCUCUCCCUCUUCAUAAACCAUCCUACUCUUUCUCAUCCCAAUAAGCAAUAUAUCUUGCUUAGCUUCAAGAAGUUCAUUAGUCGCAUCCUAGCAGCUUUUGGCCCACGUUUUUCCAAGAUAAACUUCUAA